UUCACUUUUUUUAAGAAGACCUGAAAAAAAAAAUUGAAACAAGUCAAUGAAAUGAAACGUCUUUUUAAUACUUCGGCCGCCGGGGUCAAUCUGAAACCACCACCGGCAGAUUUCGCCGCCAUAGCUAAGCUAAUCCUCUCAUCUCCCACCACAACUCACCAAACGCUAGACGACGAUCAAUCUCCACUCUCCGUCAAAACAACACCUUGGACUCCACAUCUCGUAAACUCUAUCCUCAAACGCCUCUGGAACCACGGCCCUAAAGCUCUCGAAUUCUUCCACUUCCUCGACACUCACCACCGCAAUUAUAUCCACGAUGCUUCAUCCUUCGACCUCGCGAUCGACAUCGCCGCCCGUCUUCACCUCCACACCACCGUCUGGUCACUCAUUCACCGUAUGCGCUCUCUCCGCAUCGGUCCUUCCCCCAAAACCUUCGCAAUCGUCGCCGAGAGGUACGCUUCCACCGGGAAACCUGAUAAAGCCGUAAAGCUGUUUCUCAAUAUGCACGAGCAUGGUUGUUUCCAGGAUUUGGCUUCUUUCAAUACGAUUCUCGAUGUGUUGUGUAAAUCCAAACGCGUUGAGAAAGCUUAUGAGUUGUUUAGGGCUCUUAGGGGAAGGUUUAGUGCUGAUACUGUUACUUACAAUGUGAUUGUUAAUGGUUGGUGUUUGAUUAAACGUACGCCUAAGGCUUUAGAGGUUUUGAAAGAGAUGGUUGAGAGAGGGAUAAACCCUAAUUUGACCACUUAUAACACAAUGCUCAAAGGGUUUUUUCGAUCUGGUCAGAUUAGACAAGCUUGGGAAUUCUUCUUGGAGAUGAAGAAACGGGAUUGUGAAAUCGAUGUUGUUACUUAUACUACUGUGGUUCACGGGUUUGGUGUCGCCGGGGAGAUCAACCGGGCGAGGAAUGUUUUCGAUGAGAUGAUUAGAGAAGGUGUGCUUCCUUCUGUUGCGACUUACAAUGCUAUGAUUCAAGUUUUGUGUAAGAAAGAUAGCGUUGAGAAUGCGGUUGUCAUGUUUGAGGAAAUGGUGAGGAAAGGUUAUGAACCGAAUGUGACUACUUAUAAUGUGUUGAUAAGAGGGUUGUUUCACGCUGGAAAGUUCAGUCGUGGAGAGGAUUUGAUGCAGAGAAUGGUAGAUGAAGGCUGUAAGCCAAACUUCCAGACAUACAAUAUGACGAUACGCUAUUAUUCAGAAUGCAGCGAGAUUGAGAAAGCGUUGGGUUUGUUUGAGAAGAUGGGGAGUGGGGAUUGCUUGCCAAAUCUGGAUACUUAUAAUAUACUGAUAAGUGGGAUGUUUGUGAGAAAAAGAUCGGAAGAUAUGGUGGUCGCUGGUAAACUAUUGCUUGAGAUGGUUGAGAGAGGGUUUAUACCCCGGAAAUUCACUUUUAAUCGAGUUCUGAAUGGGCUUCUUCUGACUGGGAAUCAGGCUUUCGCUAAGGAGAUUUUGAGAUUGCAGAGUAAAUUUGGUAGCCGGCUUCUCCGGAAGUUCAGGCUAUGAAUCUCCUUAUCUGCUUUGUUCAGAGGGGAAAGAUUUGUGCUAUGUUAAUAUUUAUACACUGCAUUACACUUGAUGGAGAUUGGACUAGGAAAGGCAUUGGUACCAUUGUUCAAAGAGCUUCAUGGGAUAUAUAGCAAGAACAGUGCCAAACUACACAAAUGCUUUAUUAUCAUGUGCCAAAAAAACUCAGUAUGCAAAGUUGAUACAAAGUUGUGACUAAGUAUAAUGGAAUUUGAUACAAAGUUGGAAAAUUCUUGGUGUAAAUAAAUGAUAAUACAUGUGAAAUAAUUCCCAAA